CGAUUCAGGACUCUGAAAACCGAGCAACAAGAUCGCCGGAGCGCCGCGCCGGGGCUUAACAGUGAAAACUCGUCUCUUCGGGGCUCCGGGGGCUCCGCCGACCUCGUGCAGCUUAUAACAUCUCCGAAGGUCUAGCCGGCUCCUAGUGCGCGCCGGUUACUCGGGACCUCGUCUCGCCUCGCCUCGGAGAGGAUCUUUUCAACGUUUACGCGACCGCGGAACGCCGCUCGGACUCGUUGAGUUCGGUGAUCGUUAGUGCCGACCUGAAGUCCCAGUUGGGACCACAAGUUGGGCCAGUUUUCAAGGGACCAGUUCCCGGCUUCCUGUCUGCAACGGAAUUGUUGACCACCAUGAAGACAGAGGUGGAGGACGUCGCUACGGAAGUGUGCACCGGGGCUGGACAGAAUGCGGCACCAGCGACGGGGGUUGGCACCGAACUACCUACGGGGACGACGACGAUGGAGUGCGGAGGGUGCGGCGACCGGGUCCGGGAGCGAACGGUCCUCUGCGUGGGAGGGCGAACUUGGCACUCACGUUGUCUCAGGUGCUGCGCCUGUGCCAGGCCUCUCCACGAUCAGCACUCCUGUUUUCUGCGAGGCAUGCGGCUCUACUGCAGGCACGACUACGCCAUGGCUUUUGGAGCCAAGUGUGCCAAGUGUGGGCGUAGUGUCGGUGCUGGUGACUGGGUACGGAGAGCUAGAGAACGAGUUUAUCAUCUAGCUUGUUUCGCCUGCGACGCAUGUUCGAGACAACUUUCGACGGGUGAACAAUUCGCGCUCCUAGACGCGAGGCUUCUCUGCAAGGCCCAUUACCUGGACGUCGUCGAAGGCAACAACACUUCGUCCGACGAGGGCGGCGACUCGGAGAGCGGACACAAGGGUGGCAACAAGGCCAAGAGGGUGCGGACAACCUUCACCGAGGAGCAGCUAUCGGUCCUUCAAGCCAACUUCCAGCUGGACAGCAACCCUGAUGGUCAGGACCUCGAGAGGAUAGCCCACGUCACUGGACUCAGCAAGAGAGUGACUCAAGUUUGGUUCCAGAACUCCAGAGCACGACAGAAGAAGCAUUUGCACACGGGGAAGCUGAAGGGUCAGCACAUUCAUCAGUCACCCCCGAAUUCCGCGUCACCAGCCGCUGGCGAUUUCGGAAGACACAUCAACCUCCACUUGACCUACUCCUUUCAGCAUCAGCAGCAUCAGCUGAAUCAACAGCCGCAGCUCAGCCCGGCUACCUGUAAAAGUCCGACGCCUUCCCUUUACCACAAUCAUGGUUCGGAGCAGUCAAUGGACGAGUUAUCUCAAGACUCGAUGAUGCUUUCGAUGCCAAACGAGGUCUGAGCUGGUGUUACCAGAGGCUGAUAUCAGAUAAAUUUUAACAACUGGUAAGAAACUUUCUGUAAAUAUAACCGCGAAGAGUUUCAGAAAAAAUCUCGCGUGUAUGUUAAAUGUGUUGCGUGAAUGUGUAUAAUAACGUGCGUAGGUAUACGCGCGAUGGGUAUAUCGACAAAUUUUACCCAUACAUCGAAUCCUGCCGAUAUAUUAUAGUAAUAAUAAUAAUAACGACGAUUAUUAUUAUGAAAAAAAUCUAGAAAUAUUUUUAAUCGUUAUUUAUUGAGAAGAUAUUGAUUCUGUUACAGUAGAAUAGUUUUGUAUACACGAAUACUGCAUAUUUAUAAUAGCAUAGUUUUCGUAGGGAUUGUUACAAGUUCUGCAGCUUGCUCCACCAUAUAAUACAGUUACCUACUCAAUCGAAUCUCAAGCUUGGGUGAAUUUUAUUCCUGUUGGUGCACAGCUUUAACGCUUGUAAUAAUUUACUCCUGUAUACGGUAUAUUACGACACGUUUAAAUAGAAAUAUACGCGUGAAAAUAUCGCGUUGAUACACAAGUACGUACUACUACCUAUAAUAAUAUGUAUAUUAUUCAAAUUCGAAAGUAAUACACGAGGAGAGAACAAGAUCCAAGAUCGACAUAUAGAACUAGUAUUAAUAACAGUAAUAGUGAUAGUAAUAAUAGUAAUAAUAAUAACAACAAUAACAAUCACAACACACUUUGAAUCCGCGUUCGCUCCAUAGUCGCACCGCUCACGAUAAAGUAUUUAUUUAUGGUCCCCUCUACGUAUUCAAAUACGCAAUUGCGUCAUUAUUACGAUACGUUCCAGAGUACGUAACUGACGUAACUAAGGUUCGCGGCACUGAUACAGUUGCAUUAAAAAUCUCGGCCUCUCACCUUGCUUGAAAAAGGUCUGUACAUACGUAAGAAAAAAGAAGGAAAUUACAAUAAAUAAAUCGGCGAAUUAGAUUUGACGUACCAAUUAUUCCGCCUGCCAUUAUUAUAUUAUACCUGUGUAGAAAUUCAUCUGUAUAUGUAAAUUUUCGGUGUAUAUACGUAAAUAGCAGGUUGUAUACAAUACAUACAUAUACAUAUAUAUACAUACACACAUAUUAUACGGACUAGCCCAAUUAUAAGAUGAUCGAAGAUUUUAUGUAAAUAUUGUAAAAUAAAUCAACUGACGAAAAUAUAAACUAUUAAUAAAUAUGUAU